AUGGAGUAUGCGGAGAACGGCGACUUGUUCACGUACCUCCAGAAGAUGCAGCUGACGGAGGCACAAAUCCGCUCGUGGUUGUUGCAGAUCCUGUGGGCGUUCUCGUACAUGCACGGCGUCGGGGUGGUGCACAGGGACCUGAAGUGCGAGAAUAUACUGUUGACCAGUAGAUACAACUUGCGGAUAGCCGACUUCGGGUUCGCCAGGUUCGUGGACCGAGGACGAAAUCCUGGGGCGAACACGGUGUGCGGCACGAUGACCUACUCGGCGCCCGAGCUCCUGUACGGCAAGCGACCUUACAACCCGGUGGCCGUGGACGUGUGGGCGAUCGGCGUCGUGCUGUUCAUAAUGUGCAACAACGUGCCACCGUUCCGCAACAGCCACAGGAAAGACAUACACAGGAAACAGAUGGAUAAAGAUUUUGCAUUUCGAAGGUCGUUGGGUCGAAGUAAAACGCUGAUUGAUUUGACUAACACGUUCUUGGAGCCUAAUUUUCUGCAGCGCACAAAAAUCAAGACCGCUCUGCAACAUCCCUGGAUCAAAGAAGGCAAUAUCAAAAUGCCCGCGGAUGUGGCCAUAGCAAACGAAACGAUCACGGAAAGUAUAAGCGAACCAAUAGUAACAGAGACUUCAUUAAGGGUACCUGCAUUUCAUUACCAGUUGCCGGAAUACGAGAAAUCAAUUAGUACCGACAACGUGUUGUUCACAGCAGUUGUAGAGGAAAGCGAGAUUAUUGAACCUAAAACAUUGAAACUGAAGAAGUGA